AUGCCCCUGGAUAAUGUCACCAGUGGUGUGACCGGACAAGUUCCUGUCGACAAAGUCCAAUCAACAACAACCGGAGUGGUCAAGAAAAGCGCACCAAAAAAGCUAAACCGAACAACCAAAGACCUGACCGACCCUGCCGUCCCAGGUCAAUUCCCUUCGGACGAUGCUCCCCCGAAAGGCGAAGGCAUCGACAACAAUAUCUCGUUUUCAUCAAUAUGGUCCACCAUCACAACAUGGUUCUCUUCGCUAUUCCCCCAGGCCCUUGAUUACUUCGAGUCCUGCAUACAGAGCUUGGUCGCCAGGCUGCUCCCUCCGCCCCGUCAAGCCGCGAUAUAUGAAGCUGCAUUGAAGCGCCCUGCGGCAACAAGCUUGAUCGUCUGUGAAAUGAUUUGCUGUGGGGUUCCUAUACUGGUAUUUUUGGCUGGCGUGUUGGUCUUCGCCGCGGUGUCAAUACUGCUCUGGGCUGUUCUGUCAUUGCUCAUUCUUGGUCCGGUUUUGCUGGUCACGAGCAUGAUGGGCAUAUGUAUGUGGGGAUGGGGUUGGAUUCUCUAUGGUUUGGUCAAGUGGGUUGACCAGCGGUUCUUGGGUGGUGUGAUUGCGCGUUUUUGGCUUCCUCGGACGCAAUCGGAGUCGACUGAUGGAGAGGAUCAGCCUGAGGAGAAAAAGGAUGAGUGA